AGCCCGGCGGGGGCGCCCCCUUUCCCCGCGCCCGCACGCUUCCGCCCCUCCUCCGCUCUUCCUCGAUAUAUUAUUAAGGCUGUUAACACUUAGAUGAUUUUUUUAAAAAAUUAAAAAGUCAAAGAGCUGCCUUGGAGAGGAUGGCCCCUGGGUUUCACCCGUUAGCUGCCAACCUGUACGCCGUGGCACGGCGCUGUCUUCAUCAAGAUUCUGGGGGAGACCCGCGCUCUCCAUCAGAGCCCCGUCCCCCGUAGGAAAGCGCUGGGCGUUAGGGGUUCUCUCCGCCGGUUGCUAGAAGCGCUAGAGGGCCAGGGUCCCGCUCGCGCCGUGGGUUUCCCCGCUGGCACGUGCGCGCGUGGAGAUCGGCCCUUUAUGUAACGCCGGGAAGGUACCUGCGUACGCGACCGCACCGGGGGCUCGCGGGCGGGCGUGGAGCGGGGCGUCCCGACACCCAGCGGGCAGCCACCGCCAAGCGGCUUCAGAAGUCGUGGCCCUGAGUUUGCAGGGUCUGGAAGUGGUGAACUGUGGCUCAGGAAGUUCCGUGCCCCGGUUCUCAGGAAGUCACAUGCGCGCGCGUUUAUAGGCAAGGGAGCGCUCUGAGUUUGGCUAGGCGCGGCAGGGUGUCAGAUCAAGCGGUGAUCCCCCAGACUCCCUGCAUGGCUGCCAGCUCUGGUCGACCAUGGUGGCCGGGACCCGCUGUCUUCUAGCGUUGCUGCUUCCCCAGGUCCUCCUGGGCGGCGCGGCCGGCCUCAUCCCCGAGCUGGGCCGCAGGAAGUUCGCGGCGUCAUCGGGCCGCCCCUCGCCCCAGCCCUCGGACGACAUCCUGAGCGAGUUCGAGUUGCGGUUGCUCAGCAUGUUCGGUCUGAAGCAGAGACCCACCCCUAGCAGGGACGCCGUGGUGCCCCCCUACAUGCUGGACUUGUACCGCCGGCACUCCGGCCAGCCUGGCGCGCCCGCCCCGGACCACCGGCUGGAGAGGGCAGCCAGCCGCGCCAACACGGUGCGCAGCUUCCACCACGAAGGUAAGGCGAGGCGCGCGCCGCAGGGGCAGAGACGCGGGCGGGUUGCUACCCGCAACGCCGAGCACCAAGGCCGGCUGCGGGCAUCCCUGGAGAGGCAGUUCAGCCAGAGCUCUGCGGAUGCUGUCCCUCUUGCUUCCGUACCGACCUUUCUGAAUCUGAUUUUCAGGCACUGCUCGUGUGGCAGGCCAGCCAGGGAUUCCCCCUUGGUCGGUCCGUACCCGUUUCCUGGCAAGCAGCCAGGAGGGCGACUCCUCCUCCAGGAACCAGAGCAGAAUCAAGGGAUGGGGAAGACGAGGCUAAAAGGCAUGCCCCUGGUCAGCUAA